AUGACAGCGCCUGAUCCUUCUGUUCUGCCUGCAGACACUAUCGCGUUUGCAAAUCGAAUGUUUGAUGCUGCUCGUGCUGGAGAUCCAGAUGCUUCUCUCCUUGCCGCCGUCGAUGCUGGCUUACCGCCUAACAUGACCAAUCAUCAAGGCAACACGCUUCUCAUGCUUUGCGCCUAUAGUUCACCUCCAGAAAAGACUCUCGCCCUCUCUCGUGCUUUACUUGACCGUGGUGCAGAUCCCAAUCGGCUUAAUGACUCUGGCCAAUCAAUCAUCGCUGGCGUAGUCUUCAAGCGUAUCGCUUCCCAAAGUCGAGAUGAGUUGGUGCAGCUCCUUUUAGAACGUGGUGCGGACCCACGUUUGGGCAAACCAAACGCCAUCGAAACUACGCUUAUGUUCGUCAAGGACAAGGAUGAAGAUGGCGGACUUGGGAAGGAUGGAUUGUUGCAGCAGUUUGGGGCGACGGAAGAAGACAAGAAGCGUAUGGAGAGCGAGGGUGUACGCGUACCGAUUCCGGGUCACUGA